AUGGUGGAUCGUUUAGUUAAUAGCGAAGCAAAUGCCAGACGAAUUGCUAUGGUGGAGAACUGCUUCGGCAGUUCUGGCCAGCCGCUUGCAGAACAAGGCAGAGUGCUUGUGGGGGAAGGUGUCCUGACAAAAAUGUGCCGCAAGAAGCCAAAAGCUAGACAGUUUUUUCUGUUUAAUGAUAUACUUGUAUAUGGCAAUAUUGUCAUCAACAAAAAAAAAUAUAAUAAGCAGCAUGUUAUCCCAUUAGAAGAAGUGAAAUUAGAGUCUCUUAAAGAUGAAGGACAAUACCGCAAUGGCUGGUUGAUACGCACUGCCUCCAAAUCCUUUGCUGUUUAUGCUGCAACAGCCACUGAAAAAGAAGAGUGGAUGGCUCACAUAGAAAAGUGCAUAGAAGAUUUGCUAAGAAAGAGUGGUAAACAGCCUCCAUUGGAACAUGCUGCUGUGUGGGUGCCAGACAAUGAAGCCGCAAUAUGUAUGCAUUGUAAGAAGACUCAGUUUACUGUUCUAAAUAGGAGGCAUCACUGUCGCAAAUGCGGCUCUGUGGUCUGCGGGCCGUGCUCAUCGAAGCGAUUCGUUCUUCGCGGUCAGAGCGAGAAGCCGUUACGCGUGUGCCUACAAUGCUACGACGAGCUGAACAGGGAGCGCGCCCGUGUCAAUCCCGCACCGCAGCAGCCUAGCACUGUGCCCGUGAAAGUGGUUGCGGACGCGGCGGGCUCAGGUGGGGACUCCUCUCCAGACGACGACAGCGACGACGAGGACGAACGCGCCGCCGCCGAACAGAAACACGACGAGCCAAAGUUCUAUGGUGAUGGCGAAAAGACUGAAGAGAUCAACAAUCAUUCGUCCAAGGAAACCAAA